UUGGUCUACCCACUUCGGACAAGUUGGGUCUGUGUGAUGGGUUCUUGCUCAACAAUUGAUUUCAAUGGCUCGAAUCUAACACUAAAUAACUUUUUUUCACAGCAGAAGAUUUAUAACCGAAGAUGUAUUCGUCUUGUACACCAAACGCAAGAAAAACUAAGUGAAGUUAAAGAAGCAAAAGAUUCUUGUCCGGUUUCGUCUCACAAUAAAUGGGAUCCGCUUGAAGAAGUGAUUGUUGGGAGACCCGAAGGGGCCUGCGUGCCAAGAUUUUCAAUCGAGGUCAAGGCAAAUACAAACCACCGUCAUUGGGAAUGGUACGAGAAGAAUGGCGGAAAAUCUUUCCCACAAGAACAUAUCACACGAGCCAUUGCACAGGUUGAAGAAUUUUGUAACAUUCUCCGACAUGAAGGAGUCGUAGUCCGAAGACCAGAUAUUUUGGAUUGGUCUAAAGAAUAUGAAACACCGGAUUUUAAAACAAAUGGAGUUUACGCAGCAAUGCCUCGAGAUAUACUAAUUGUAGUUGGAAAUGAAAUUAUCGAAGCUCCGAUGGCAUGGCGAUCUAGAUUUUUUGAGUAUCGGGCAUAUCGUUCAAUAGUCAAAGAUUAUUUCAGAAAAGGGGCGAAAUGGACAACUGCGUCUAAACCCGAGAUGAAAGAUGAAUUAUACGACAAGAGUUACCCAAUUAAUAACGUUGAAGAUCGAAAUGCACUGGCAAAACAAGGAAAAUUUGUAACUACAGAAUUUGAACCUUGUUUUGAUGCCGCUGAUUUUUUUCGAGCAGGGAGGGAUAUAUUUGUUCAAAGAAGUCAAGUAUGCACAUAUAUGGGAAUUGAAUGGAUGCGUCGACACUUGGGAAGAGAAUAUAAAAUUCAUGAAAUAUCUUUCAAUGAUCCAAACCCCAUGCACAUAGAUGCAACGUUUAAUAUAAUUGGACCUGGGUUGGUGAUCUCUAAUCCAGAGAGACCUUGUCACCAGAUUGAUUUAUUCAAAAAAGCUGGAUGGAAAAUUGUUACCGCAGCAAAUCCGGUUAUCCCAGAUUCUCACCCACUAUGGAUGUCGUCAAAAUGGCUUAGCAUGGAUGUUCUCAUGUUGGACGAAAAGCGUGUUAUAAUAUGUGAUGCUAAUGAGAUUCCUACCAUUAAUAUGUUUGAGAAGCUAGAAACGCAUUGCAAGUAUAUUUAUAAUAUGAGCCAAUAUGACGUUUGCUUUCACUAA